CCUGCACAGGUGAGGGGACACGCUGGCCAUGCAGGGCCACCAGGAUUGUUCUGGAGCAUCCAGGGCAGCGCUGAGCCGUGCGGRUGUCCCGGUGCAGAUGCCGURGAGCUGAGGCUGGCGGGCGGCGGCAGUCCCUGCWYCGGGAGGGUGGAGGUGAAGCUGCAGGGACGCUGGGGCUCGGUGGCAGACGACAACUGGGACAUGGAGGACGCCGAGGUGGUGUGCCAGCAGCUGGGCUGUGGCUCGGCCGCUGGUGCCUACUUCGCCAUCGAUAAAUUCGGAACAGAAAAUGGGGCCGUUAGCCUGGUUUCGGUGGAUUGCAAGGGGUCCGAGGCCGUGCUCUGGGACUGCAAGAUCCGAGGCUGGGGACCCUAUAACGGCCUUAGGCAUGGUUUGGAUGUUGCCGUUGUGUGCCAAGGCUUUUCCCGGCUGGUCGGUGGAGAUGGAGCCUGUACUGGGCAGCUGGAGGUGCGGCAGGGUCAGGCCUGGUUCAGUGUUUGUGAUGAUCAGGUGGACAUGAAGGCRGCCCAGGUGGUGUGCCGGGAGCUGGGCUGCGGCGWG